AUGGCCCCAUCGAUCGCCAUGUCAGCUUUGACCGCUGGUUUGAAAACCGAAGACCUCCCCUCCCGCUCGGUUCUCGUCGGCAGAGGCGAGAUGCAGACCAGCCUGAGUCCCGCGGAGGAGACAGUGAAGCCCAAAGUUUCUAUUCUCCCCUUCAGCGUCGAGGCACUGAUGGCUGAUAGGAAGCCGAGCAGAGAGGUGCCUUCCCCGGAUGCCCCGUCUGUCGCGACGACGUCCCAAGCGAUGGGAAAGGGCGCACGGAUGGGCUCUUUCGGUAGUCUGGAUACUUCAGUUCCUCCUUUACCGAUGAGCUCCGCGUUUUCUGUGGGCGACAUAAUCAACAUGCCAGAAGACGUGCUGAUUAAACCCGAGAGUCCGGACAGUAAAGACAGAACUUCAUGGAUACAGAGUCCUCGUUUUUCUCCCACGCCUCCACGCAGGUUGAGUCCUCCUGCUUGUCCUCUGAGAAAACACAAGACCAACAGAAAGCCUCGGACCCCCUUCACGACGUCCCAGCUCCUGGCCCUUGAGAGAAAGUUCCGUCAGAAGCAGUAUCUUUCUAUCGCCGAGCGCGCAGAGUUCUCCAGUUCCCUCAACCUCACGGAAACCCAGGUUAAAAUCUGGUUUCAGAACAGGAGAGCCAAAGCCAAGCGGCUGCAGGAGGCAGAACUUGAAAAACUGAAAAUGGCAGCUAAACCCAUGCUGCCUCCAGCUUUCGGGAUUUCCUUCCCUCUCGGUGCGCACGUCCCGGGCACCUACGCAGGCUCGCACCCUUUCCAGAGGCACUCACUGCCGGUGUCCCCCAUGGUGUACGCCGCUCACGUCGGAUACAGUAUGUACCAUCUUGCUUGACACGGAUGGAGGCCGAGGGGCACUGGGAUAGACUACUCUGUGGGUCCCAAACGAGAAGGGGCACUUCGGACAGGUGAGGUGACCUGAUGAGGAAGAUGAAGAAGAUGAAGUCCCGGCGCAGUCACGUGCCACCAGACCCCCUUCAGGACCUUUGAGAUUAUUGGCUUCUAUUGCUCUGCAUCAGUAAGUUCACACACUGCCAAAAGUAUCCAACUUACUGUCAUUUAAUCUUUAAUCUUAAACCAGUUUGAUGCAUCUGUCAAAGCAGUGAGAUAAUUUUGCACCAACAGACAACGUUAUUGACAGAAAAAUAAAAAUGAGGAUGAGACUAAAUGACUUUAAGGUGGAUGUUUUUGCGGUGCUGAGGUGGAAACAGUAGUGCCUGAAGGCCUGACGUGCGUCAUGAAUGGACAGUCAAGUAUGGACAGCCGGCUCUGUGCCACAGUGUGUCCGUGACAGCCCACUCACCCACCUUUAACCAGGUAAAAGGGCUGCGGAAGAGACUAUUGCGCAGCUUUCUGUUUGCACCAACAAACUGGGCUUUCAUCACAUCUGUGAGCUCCAAAAACCAUACUUUUCAUUUUUUUUGCAUUCAUAUCAAUGCGUAACUAUAGUGGGUUACUGAAUCCAGUGUCAAUGAAUGCUCUUUGUGAAUUUGGAGAACCACAGCAUUUUUUUUAUAACAGCACUGUCUGUUUGAUUGACUCCCUUCGGAAGGGAAAUGUGUACUGUAAAAUAAUGUAUAUUUGAAAAACAUCCUCAUUUAUAUUAUGAAUAUAUUUGUGACAUAACUUAACAAUAAAUUGUUUAUUCUUUUUCAUUAA